UCUUUGGUCGGACAAAGACUGGCUGUGAAGGGAGAAAUUAGUGACUCAAACAAGAUGAUUAAUGACGUGCUCCUGUACGUAAUGAACUAAUAAUGAGGAGCCUGAGAACUGAACAAAGGAACACGUGACAAAUGUACACGAACUGAAAGUUCAUGGUGACUAAGAAUUUAUAUAACUGUGAUAAUAAUAUUAGUAGGCCUUGGGUUUCAACGUGUCUGAAGCUCCAAACUAUAGGCUACAUUUUGCUACAUUGUUUACACUGCUUAAAUCUCUCACUGUAAACUGCUAUGGUGGAGCCGUUGCUCAGCCUAUACAUCACAUCUGCACUUUACUCGAGCACCUUCAUUUCAGAUGCAUACUUUUUGAUUCUGGAACCGGGCUUGAAAACGCAUAGGCUGCAUUUCAACCAACUGCAGUUAGUUUGACAAUCUGUCAUGUCAGCAACACACUCCUCCCAUUUUCAUGAUCGAUCUUGCUUGCUUCCUCUGUCGGACGCUCAGUUCUCAAGUGAACAAGGACCCUAAACCAGGAAUAAUGAAACUCCUUCAAAAUGCUAAUACAUUUCUUCUCGUGGUGGCUGGAAUCUCAAUAACUGGACUCAUUUAUUUGGGCUACACCACCACCUCACUCAGAUAUAAAGAACAAGGACACUGCCUUAAAACAACAAAAGAGCACCAGGAAAACUCUAAGUUGCAUUUGCCGCAAGGGCUUUCAUACCACCAGCCCUCUCUAGUGGGCCCAGAUGGCAAAGUUGUUCCCUUAACACCAUGGUUAGCCCCAGUUGUAUGGGAAGGAACAUUUGAUCCCAUGUUGAUUGAUUCGAUCUACAAACAACAAAACAUCACCAUAGCAACUACAGUCUUCGCUCUUGGAAAGUACACACAGUUUCUUAAAGAUUUCCUGGAGUCUGCAGAGCAGAAUUACUUUGUUGGAUUUCGUGUGCAUUAUUAUGUCUUCACUGAUCAACCAGAACAGGUUCCUGCAGUGAAGCUGGGUGCUGAACAUAAUCUGACGGUGUUGAAAGUCGCUAGUUCUAACAGAUGGCAGGAGAUCACUUUGAGCAGGAUGGAAAAACUGCAGAAACUGAUUGAGACUCGAUUAGUCAAUGAUGCCGACUAUGUUUUCAGCCUUGAUGUGGAUACAAAGUUCUACGGUCGCUGGGGGGUGGAGACUUUGGGUCGUCUUGUUGGUGUGAUACAUCCUGGUUAUUAUCGAACAUCUCGUGAACAAUACCCAUAUGAGCGCAGGCCAGAGUCUCAGGCGUUUAUUUCUUAUGGUGAGGGUGAUUAUUAUUAUGGUGGGGCUGUUAUUGGUGGCUUAGUAAAAGACGUAUAUGAAGUUGCUAAAACCUGCCGGGAGAAGCUGGACAUUGAUGCAUCUAAAUCCAUUGAGGCAGCAUGGCAGGAGGAGUCUCAUUUGAACAAGUACUUCCUUUAUAACAAACCCAGCAAGGUGCUCUCACCCGAAUAUCUGUGGCAAGACUUCAAACCUCACACAAACGAGGUCAAAAUCAUUCGCUUCUCUCAAGUUAUUAAAAACUAUGCUGCUGUUCGUCCAAACCCAUAACAGAUGUUAACUGAAACGUGCAAAAUCAAAACCUGCCAAAUAUUUUUCCAUCAGCUAGACAACAUUUGCACUAUGAAAUGUAUAACGUUGCAGUAAAAUGUUAUAAUAACCAUCAAAUGCUGGUUAAAACUCAGUUAU